UGAUCUCUCCCCUCCGAGUGGUUAAUUGGGCUCACCGGAAGUGAAGUGAAACGUUCAACAUGGUCAGCCGUCAGGUGUACCUGUAAGUCACGCCCUCGGCCGUGCGGAGGAUGGUUGCCGACUAUAGCCUCGUUGGUGGAGCUCGCUAGCACCAGAGGUUGUAUUAACGAACAAUGAGGGUGACCCGCGCAAAACACGGCUUCCUGCGUGUCUGCGUCCUGACCUGCUUCAUCUACCUGCUGUGUUCCACCUGUACCGGAGUGCUCACCGGGCGGAAGAUGGCCUCCCGCCAGCCCGAGCUGAGGCGCAGCCGGCGCAGUCAACGAGGCGCGCACCACCGGCCGCUGACGGACGAGCAGAAGGCCGACCAGAACUUGCAGUUCAUGCUCAGUUUGUACCGGAGCGCAGCCGAACCGGACGGCAGACCCAAGCAGCACCGGAAGUUCGGCUCUAACACAGUACGCCUUCUGAGACCCGCGGCGUCCUCGGUGCACUACCUGCCCGCUUCAGGAGAUCUCACCUACACCUUCACUGUACAAUACAAACUGGACACUCUUCCCUCAGAACAGCUUGUCAGAGCUUCAUUCAUCCACCUGCGCUCCUCUUCCACACCCUCAGUCACCACCCAGGCUGUAGAGCCGCCCCGCUGCCGGGCUCAGAUAACCUCACUGGGCGCCAGCAGCCUGGUCACCCUGGAACCCCACCAGCGUUGGACGGAGACGGACAUCACGGCACACGUCAGCGCUCACAUCCUGCAGGAAAAGGAUCAGGGGGACCAGGGGCACCUUACCCUAACCGCCCAGUAUUGGUGUGCAGAGCCUGUUGAUGGGGACACUGGCCCCUCAUGGUGGUGGCCCUCGUUUUGGGGUAGUAGGCGCUGGACAGGCGAGUCUCAGCUGGAAGUCCCCUCUCUUCUUCUGUAUUUGGAGGAGGAGAGAGAGGUGAAGGAGUGGAUGGGGGACUUACUCGGUGCUAAGGGGGAAGACCUCAUGAGACAAGUUGGGUGGUGGGGGCACCAUUCGAUUCGCCACCGGCGUAGCUCCAAAGAGGAAUCCUCCUUGGAGGCCAAAGAUUCUUCACUGGAAGAGCUGAAAAAUGCUCUCGGCUCCUCUUUGUCUUCCUCCACCUCCUCCCCUGCGUCCAUCUUUACUGACAUUACCAGCUACAAACUCAAAACUGACGUCCCAAAGAACCGCUGCAAGCUGCACUCCUUCAACCUGGCAUUCAACGAACUUGGCCUUGGCCAUUACUUCAUUGCUCCACAGGUCUACAACCCACGAUACUGUCAGGGUGACUGCCCAAGGGUGCUCCACUACGGCUACCAUUCCCCCAACCACGCCAUCAUCCAGACGCUCAUCAACGAGCUGGGCGUUGGGGACGUCCCUCCGCCAUCCUGCGUUCCCUACAAGUACAUGCCCAUGAGCGUGUUGGUCAUCUACAAAAAGAAGGUGGACUACAGGGAGUUGGAGGACAUGGUGGCAGAGUCCUGCACGUGUCGUUAAUGGACUCAGUUGAUCAACACGAAGACACUGACCCAGGAAGAGCUGAUUUGGGCUCAGCAUAAUGAUCUCAAGACUGAAAGAAGGAAGUUUCCAAUCACUGUUAAAGCACUUUAAAGGCAGUUUUUGUGUGUGUGUUUACUUCAUUUUUGUCCGGUGUCAUUUUAAAUCUCAUCUGUGUUUCACAGCAGGGCUGAAGCGGACCAAAAACAAUUUUUGUAAAAAAAAAAAAAAAAAAAAAAGUUCUGGAUGAGGUGGCGCCACUGAUGGAGGCCAUUUCCUUCUGUAACAAAGAAGAAUACCAUGUUUAACAAAGAUAAGAGGGGAAAUGUUUUAAUGGACAAGGCAUCAUCCAUGUUGGAUGUACCUACUCAGGUGUUGCAGUGUUACAUUGUUGCUUUCUACAAACUGAACUUGUGCUGUUUGGAUGUAUUUAAGAAAAGAGUCUCCUGAAGAAAGCUUUGUGCUGCCACUGGGAUGUCCCAGAGGAAGACUACUGAAUACGGUGAUGAUGAGGUAUGAUGGUGUUUGAAAAGGGAAAACAAGUGCAGUGGGAAAAGAAUGGAAUUUUUAUCAUAAGUAAAAAUGAUUAAUAAAAUAAAAAGCAUAUUUUCUAAAGCCUUA